AUGGCAGAUUUCAAUUUGACGUGUCAAAAUCACUUGAUGAUAGGGAUGAUUUCAUUUCUUCUAUUUUCAUUUUCUUUGUCCGCAGGACAUGGUCGCGUUAAACAUGGCCGUAGUGAAGACGAUUUACCUCCUCCCCCAAUAGCCGAAAAACCCGAAUCUAACUUUGGAAAACAAGCUCCACGCAAUUUACGUAAGAAAGGACGCGCCGAAGACGAUGUUGUCAUUAAACAAGAACCCCCGAAGCCUACAGAGAAAAUCGAUCUAUUUGGUUCAAAUCAAGAUUUAUCAGAUGAAGCUUUUAUGAGUAAAAUCAGGACUCCACCUCCUAAAUACGAUCCAGUACUCCAUGUUGUCAUCCCCUCCCAAAUUCCAGAAACAGGAGCCGAAAUACAAAUCCGAGUUUCCCUUGCAGAGCCAGGAAUGUGCUACUGCAUGAUCGGUGACCAAGUGUUUAGUGGUACUCUUGACGCAGAAGGCAUGGCAAAAUUCAAAGCUCCAUCACAUAACCCAGGAAGAGUUUCUGUUCAGUUUUCAAAGGAUGGAAUCAACUGGUUUGGCAAUGUUGAACUCGAAUACGUCGCUGUUCCUAGUUCCUCCAAGAAAUACAUCUUCAUUGGAGUCGGAGCUGCAAUUGCAUGCAUAAUUUCAUACGUUUUAUACACAUUCUUGACUGGAAACAAGAAGAAGGCCAGAUACAGUGAUGGUCCAAGCGUUUUCAAGUCCAGAUCUAAAUCUCAAGCUUAUUCACAGUACGACAGAGCUCCAGUACUUCGCAGUGCACAAAUGCUUUAA